AACUCGCGGGGCUCCUGGAGGACGCGCUCCUUCAGGACCCGCUGCGGCCACCAGGGGGAGCCCGUUUAUCAUCUUCCGCACCCGCGCCCCGGGCUCACUCGCUGGGGCUGCCGGAGGACGCGCUGCUGCGAGACCAGCUGCGGCGUCUUUGGCAGUGGUGGGAGUGCUUGCGGGUCCGGGAGGGCCCCUCUCCCGCGACCGCCGACCACGAUGAGAGCGUGAAGACCCUCUCGAAAGGAAGGGCUCUGCUCUACACACUGGUGUCUCCUGCGGAAGGGCAGCUGGGCACGCCUUCCAGACCGAGAAUAAAACAAGUUGUGGCCUACGAUCUGCUUAGUUUCGUCGUUUCUACUGCAGAAGUGUGAAAUCGUCAAUUUCUACGUCCAGGAAACUCUCAGGAGAUCUGGGUUACAGCAGAAAGUUUUCAUGGAGAAAUGGAAUCACACUUCAAAUGAUUUCAUUUUGUUGGGUCUGCUUCCCCCAAAUCAAACUGGAAUAUUUCUCUUGUGCCUUAUCAUCCUCAUAUUCUUUCUGGCCUCGGUGGGUAACUCGGCCAUGAUUCACCUCAUCCACGUGGAUCCUCGUCUCCACACACCGAUGUACUUUCUUCUCAGCCAGCUCUCCCUCAUGGACCUGAUGUACAUCUCCACCACCGUCCCCAAGAUGGCGUACAACUUCCUGUCCGGCCAGAAAGGCAUCUCCUUCCUGGGAUGUGGUGUGCAAAGCUUCUUCUUCCUGACCAUGGCGUGUUCUGAAGGCUUACUCCUGACCUCCAUGGCCUACGACCGUUAUUUGGCCAUCUGCCACUCUCUCUAUUAUCCUAUCCGCAUGAGUAAAAUGAUGUGUGUGAAGAUGAUUGGAGGCUCUUGGACACUGGGGUCCAUCAACUCCUUGGCACACACAGUCUUUGCCCUUCAUAUUCCCUACUGCAGGUCUAGGGCUAUUGACCAUUUCUUCUGCGAUGUCCCAGCCAUGUUGCUUCUUGCCUGUACAGAUACUUGGGUCUAUGAAUAUAUGGUUUUUAUACAAUUGAUCUCUGAACCUGGGAAUGCUAGAAGCAAGAAGCCAGUAAGUCUAAACACAUUCCAGAGGCCACGAGGGGUUUUAUGCCCUGAGCUAUGGAUUCCAUCCAAGCCAUGAGGGGUUUUAUGCCCUGGGCUUAGAUUGUGGUGCAGCAGGGCAGCCUUCCACCCUUUGGCACAGAGUUUGGUGUACCAAAGGCCAUGAGGGGUUUUAGACCCCGGACCCCGGACAUGUUCCAAGACUCUUUUACACUAUGUCAGACAUGCAAGCCCUGCCUCAGCUUUUUUCCCAACACUCAGCUUUUCCCCAACACAGUCUAUCACUGAUGGGCAUUUGGGUUGGUUCCAAGUCUUUCCUAUUGUAAAUAGUGCUGCAAUAAGCAUACGUGUGCAUGUGUCUUUAUAACAGAAUGAUUUAUAAUCCUUUGGGUGUAUAUCCAGGAAUGGGAUUGCUGGAUCAAAUGGUAUUUCUGGUUCUAAAUCCAUGAGGAAUCACCACACUGUCUUCCACAAUGGCUGAAUUAAUUUAAAUUCCCACCAACAGUGAAAAAGUGUUUCUAUUUCUCCAUAUCAUCUCCAGCAUCUGUUGUUUCCUGACUUCUUAAUGAUUGCCAUUCUAACUGGUGUGAGAUGGUAGCUCCUUGUGGUUUUGAUUUGCAUUUCUCCAGUGACCAAUGAUGAUGAGCUUUUUUUUUAUAUGUUUUUUGGCUGCAUAAAUGUCUUAUUUUGAGAACUGUCUGUGCAUAUCCUUUGCCCACUUUUGAUGGGCUCUUUUUUUUUUCUUGUAAAUUUGUUUAAGUUCAUUGUAGAUUCUGGAUAUUAGCCCUUUGUCAGAUGGAUAGAUUGCAAAACUUUCCUCCCAUUCUGUAGGUUGUCUGUUCACUCUGAUGUCAGUGUCUUUUGCUGUGAAGAAGCUCUUUAGUUUAAUUAGAUCCCAUUUGUCAAUUUUGGCUUUUGUUGUUAUUGCUUUUGGUGUUUUAGUCAUGAAGCCUUGCCAAUGCCUAUGUCCUGAAUGGUAUUGCCUACGUUUUCUUCUAGGGUUUUUAUGGUUUUGGGUCUUAUAUUUCACUCAUUAAUUCAUCUUGGGUUAAUUUUUGUGUAAAGAGUAGGGAAGGGGUCCAGUUUCAGUUUUCUGCAUAUGGCUAGACUGUUUUCCCAACACCAUUUAUUAAAUAGAGAAUCCUUUCCCCAUUGCUUGUUUUGUCUGGUUUGUCAAAGAUCAGAUGGUUGUAGAUAUGUGGUGUUGUUUCUGAGGCCUCUGUUCUGUUCCAUUGGUCUAUAUGUCUGUUUUGGUACCAGUACCAUGCUGUUUCAGUUACUGUAGCCUUGUAGUAUAGUUUGAAGUCAGGUAGCAUGAUGCUCCAGCUUUGUUCUUUUUGAUUGGGAUUGUCUUGGCUAUACGGGCUCUUUUUUGGUGCCAUGUGAAAUUUAAAGUAGUUUUUUUCUAAUUCUAUGAAGAAAGUCAAAGGUAGCUUAAUGGGAAUAGCAUUGAAUCUAUACAUUGCUUUGAACAGUAUGGCCAUUUUCAUGAUAUUGAUUCUUCCUAUCUAUGAACAUGGAAUGUUUUUCCAUUUGUUUGUGUUCUCUCUUAUUCCUUGAACAGUGGUUUGUAGUUCUCCUUGAAGAGGUCCUUCACGUUCCUUGUAAGUUGUAUUCCUAGGUAUUUUAUUCUCUUUGUAGCAAUUGUGAAUGGCAGUUCACUCAUGAUUUGCCUCUGUUUGUCUAUUAUUGGUGUAUAGGAAUGCUUGUGAUUUUUGCACAUUGACUUUGUAUCCUGAGACUUUGCUGAAGUUGCUUAUCACCCUAAGGAGUUUUUGGGUGAGAUGAUGGGGUUUUCUAAAUAAACAAUCAAGUCAUUUGCAAACAGAGACAGUUUGACUUCCUCUCUUCCUAUUUGAAUACGCUUUCUUCCUUUCUCUUGCCUAAUUGCCCUGACCAGAACCUUCAAUACUAUGUUGAAUAGGAGUGGUGAGAGAGGGCAUCCUUUUCUUGUGCCUGUUUUCAAAGGGAAUACUUCCAGCAUUUGCCCAUUCAGUAUGAUAUUGGCCAUGGAUUUGUCAUAAAUAGCUCUUAUUAUUUUGAGAAAUGUUGCAACAAUACCUAGCUUAUUGAGUGUUUUUAGCAUGAAGGGGUGUUGAAUUUUCUGCAUCCAUUGAGAUAAUUAUCUGGUUUUUGUUAUUGGUUCUGUUUAUAUGAUAGAUUAUGAUUAAUGAUUGUUGUAUGUUGAACCAGUCUUGCAUCUCAGGAUGAAGCCGACUUGAUUGUGUUGGAUACGCUUUUUGAUGUGCUGCUGGAUUUGAUUUGCCAGUAUUUUACUGUGAAUUUUCACAUCGAGGUUUAUCAGGGAUAUUGGCCUGAAAAUUUUUGUUGUUGUUGUGUCUCUGCCAGGUUUUGGUAUCAGGAUAAUGCUGACCCCAUAAAAUGAGUUAGGAAUGAGUCCCUCUUUUUCUAUUGUUUGGAUUAGUUUCAGAAGGAAUGGUACCAGAUCCUCUUUGUACCUCUGGUAGAAUUUGGUUUUGAAUCUGUCUGGUCCUGGGCUUUAUUAUUAUUAUUAUUAUUAUUAUUAUUUGGUUGGUAGGCUAUUAAUUACUGCCUCAAUCAGGACUUGUUGUUGGUGUAUUCAGAAACUCAUCUUCUUCCUGGUUUAGUCUUGGGAGGGUGUAUGUGUCCAGGAAUUUAUCCAUUUCUUCUAGGUUUUCUAGUUUAUUUGCACAGACGUGUUUAUAGUAUUCUCUGAUGGCAAUUUGUAUUUCUGUGGGAUCAGAGGUGAUAUCCCCUUUAUCAUUUUUUAUUGUGUCUUUUUGAUUCUUCUUCUCUUUUCUUCUGUAUUAGUCCGGCUAGUGCUCUAUUUUGUUAAUCUCCUCAAAAAAACGGCUUCUGUGUUUAUUGAUUUUUGAAGGGUUUUUCAUGUCUCUAUCUCCUUCAGUUCUGCUCUGAUCUUAGUUAUUUCCUGUCUUCUGCUAGCUUUUGAAUUUGUUUGCACUUGCUUCUCUAGUUCUUUUAAUUGUGAUGUUAGUGUGUGAAUUUUAGAUGUUUCUCAGUUUCUGAUGUGGGCACUUAGUGCUAUAAAUUUCCCUCUAAACACUGCUUCAGCUAUAUCCCAGAGAUUCUGGUACAUUGUGUCUUUGUUCUCAUUGACAUCAAAGAAUGUAUAUAUUUCUGCCUUAAUUUUGUUCCUUUAUUUCUUAACUAAUGUAAAUAACACUGCAAUGAAUAUAGGAAUGCAGAUAUCUCUUCAACGUACUGAUUUUGAUUCCUUUGGUUAUAGAGAUUGUAUGGUACUACUGUUUCCAAUUUUCUGAGGAAUUGCCAUAUGGUUUAGCUUACUUCACAACCAAGAGUGCACAAGGGUCAUUUUUACUCCACCCCUUCAUCAACACUUGUUAUAUUGUAUGUUUUUGAUAAUACCCAUUAUUACAAUUGUGAGACAAUAUCUCAUUGUGGUUUUAUGUUUUCCUGAUGAUCAGUGAUGAGAAGCAUUUUCUCAUAUAUCUGAUGGUCAUUUGUAUGUCUUCUUUUGAGAAGUGUCUAUUUAAGUACUUUGCCUAUUUUUUGAUUGGGUUAUUUGUUUACUUGCUUUUGAGUUGUUUGAGUUUCUUAUAUAUUUUGGAUAAUAAACCUCUAAAAAAGUGUAGUUUGCAUUUUCUUCCAACCUGUGGGAUGUCUCUUCACUAUAUUGUGUCUUUGCUAUGUGAAACUUUUUAGUUUGAAACAAUUCUUUUUUUUCUUUUUUUGCUUUGUCACCUGUGCUUUAGGUGCCAUAUGCAAGAAAUCGUUGUCCAAACCAAUGCUGUGGAGCAGCUCCCCUGUGUAUGUUUUCUUCUAGAGGUUUUACAGUUUCAGGUCUUACACUCAAGUUUUAAAUCCAUAUUGAGUUGAUUUUUGUAUAUGGUAUGAAACAAGGAUCCAAUUCUAUAUUUCUGCACAUGGAUAUAUAAUUUUCCCAACAACAUUUGUUGAAGACAGUGUUCUUUUUCCAUUGUGUUUUUGGCACCUUUGUCAAAAAUCAAGUGUUCACAAGUGUGUGGGUUUUUACAAUACAUUAUAACAUACAUGUCAGACCUUUUAUAAUAGGUCCUGGGCCAAAGUGACCAUUAUUCUCUGAAUGAGAAGUCCACUCAUUCAAAGCACAUAGAAAUGGGCCCAAUCAGCAUAAUUAUUCCUCACAUAAGGUUUAGCAAAGAGUGUUCUAGCUCCCUGAAGAAUUAUUGAUUUUCACAGCCAUAUCUCACACAUUCUGUUUGCUAAGAUUUUUGUUUUAUUGUCACCUUCUUGAAGAGAUAUUCUUAGGCUAACUACUUAAAGAAGCAAUCACUCCUCAAACUCUUAUUCUACAACUUUCUUAACUGCAUUAAUUUUCCACAAGGCACAUUUAUCUCUCCAAACCACAGUAUUUGUUAAUCCACUUUAUUGUCUAUUUUUACCAUAACAUUUAUUCAUAGUUUAUUUCAUCAGUGCUUGCAUCUGGCAAAUAGUACAAACUUAAUAAAACUGUUAAUGAAUC